CCACCCCUCUAAAAGCAAAUCAAAAAAUCAUAUGUCCAAUAUGGAUGAAAUAUGGUUUUACAUCAUUUCUAUCAUUUCUUUAAUCUUUCUCCUCUCAAAGAUAUUUUUAUUGAAACAAGCUAGCCCAAAAAACCUCCCACCUAGCCCUCCUGCACUCCCCAUAAUUGGCCAUAUGCAUCUCCUAAAAAACCCUCUUCAUAAAACUUUGCAAAACUUAUCAAAUCAAUAUGGUCCAAUCAUAUCCCUUAAGUUUGGUUUCCGAAAUGUUCUCAUCAUAUCAUCCCCAACCUUACUUGAUGAUUGCUUCAAUAAAAAUGACAUUAUCUUAGCUAAUAGGCCUCGACUACUAGUUGGUGAAAUACUAAAUAAUAACUACACCACAAUAAUGGCUGCUCCUUAUGGCCGACAUUGGCGCAACCUCCGUCGCAUUGCUGCAUGUGAAAUUUUCUCAAUGAAUAGCAUCACGAUGUGCCUGAGCAAUAGAGAACAAGAAGUUAGAAUCUUGCUUAAAGAUCUAUUCAAAAGUUCGAGUACAAGUUUCAAGAAAGUGGAGAUGAAGUCGAAGCUAUCAGAACUUUCUUUUAACAUUAUAAUGAGAAGGAUUUCAGGGAAGCGUUAUUUUGGAGAGGAGUCUAAGCACAUUCGUGAUAUUAUAAGUGAGAUUUUUGAAAUGAAUGGUUCAUCAAAUCCAGGGGAUUUUUUACCAUUCUUACAAUGGAUUGAUUUCCAAGGAAUAAAGAAAAGGAUGCUGAGAUUGCAAAAAGAAUUAGAUGAAUUUGCCCAAGGUUUGAUAGAUGAGCAUCGAAAUCAUAAAAAUUCUUGCACACAAGGACAAGGAAGGACUAAGACAAUGAUCGAUAACAUGUUAUCUUUACAAGAAUCUGAACCUCAGAACUAUUCUGAUGAAUUCAUCAAAAGCCUCAUACUGUCAAUUAUAGUCGCAGCAGAUACAACAGUAGCCACAAUGGAAUGGACUAUGUCGCUUCUACUUAACCAUCCCGAGGUGCUAAAGAAGGCUGAAGCCGAGAUAAGACAAGCUAUUGGUCAAGAUCGAUUAGUAGACGAGUCUGAUUAUCCCAAUUUGCCAUACCUACAAAGCAUCAUAAAAGAGUCAAUGCGAUUCAAGACAGUAGGACCACUUCUAAUUCCCCAUGCACCAUCAAAAGAUUGCAUUAUUAAGGGUUAUCAUGUACCACAAGGCACAAUGUUGAUAGUCAAUGCUUGGGCUGUUCAUAUGGAUCCUAAGGUAUGGGAGGACCCAACAAGUUUUAAGCCAGAGAGAUUUGAAGAUUUAGAGGAUGAGGCUCAUAAAUUGAUUCCAUUUGGUUUGGGGAGGAGGGCAUGUCCUGGAUCUGGACUAGCAAAUAGAGUGAUUAGCUUGGCCUUGGCUUCAUUAAUACAAUGCUUUGAGUGGGAGAGAACCAAUGAAGACGUAGUGGAUAUGUUUGAAGGGAUAAGGUUUACUGUACCCAAACCACAGCCAUUGGAAGCCUUAUGCAAAGCACGUGAGUCUAUGAUUAAUGUGCUGGAGAAGAUAUAAUUAGUGCAUAAUUGCCUUUUUCUAAAAGUGACUAUGAUCAAAAAAUGAUUGUACCACAAUCAUUGUUGUUCAAAUUAAUUUUCUUUUAUUUUCUACACUUAUGUGAUCUUCCAGGACCAAGCACUCCACAUUAUGCCAGCAAACCAUUUGGACUAUCCCUUCUCAUGUAAUUAUUUUACAAUAAUAUAUAUAUAUGGGUAAAUUACUUUCA